AUGUUUUCUCCUGGAUAUGAUCAUGGACAACCUGGUCCACUUAAUCUAAUUCCUGUCGAAAAUGCGAUAAUAGCAGAUUAUUCUGAUUGGGGCAUUAUGAGGUUUACAUUUAACAAGGAUGGCCAUCCAUUGCAAAAUUUUACGGGAUCUCUCGGUUUUAGGUUCGAUGUAGGAGAUCAAGUUGCAACAACCAUUCGCGGUUAUCCGGAUGGAG